GUACUUUCUCUUUUCCCUUUCCUUUCCUUCUUUAUUUUCUAAUCUUAUAAUGUUAACAAGUGGUUAUGGGCUCCUUGGUUCAUUAACACUUUUAUUAUCAACUUUAGCUUCUGCAGCAACAACGAACACAACUGACCCCUGUGCUGCCAUUGCUGGGAAAAAAACCGCCAGUUUUCAUGAUGCCAAAGCCUGUCUCGAUUACUUUAAAUUUGACAAAGAUAUUGCUCAACAAACAGUGGACACAGUCAGAAAAGUGACAAACGAACUUUAUGUGUUUAAUGAAAUAGCAGCCUCUCCGCCAAAUGUAGAAGGAUUGUCCGUACCAGCAGUAAACAUAUCCUACGGUCUUGAUUUGAUAUUAAAGGAAGACUGGAAAUCCGAUCGAGAGUUUCAAGAAGCAGUUGCCUUAUUACUAGAUAAAGUUCAAGAUGCUCACCUAUCUUACGUCCCUUUCUGUUAUCGACAAUUCAUCUUUUGGCAGCCGAUUCAACUUAAUGCACUUUUAAGAAAUAAGCGAUUAAUUGCUAAUGUUGCUUAUGUCAAAAAUGACGUUUGGCCAGAAGCCAAAGAGACUUGGGUUGGCUGCGAAGUAACACAGAUUGAUGGUAUGGAAGCUAUGGAUAUGAUUGUUAACUAUGCUGUCAACAAUAAUGGAGAAAGCAAAGAUGUAAACACAUGUUUUAAUAACAUCAUGAAUACCAAGAGUUACUUUCACGGUUGGGAUGAUGGUGCCGAUGAUCUUGGUUACCACCGUUUCUUACCUGCUCAAGAGUUUCAUAACUAUACCAUGCGUUGUGCUAAACAAGGCACAAAACCUAUACAAGAAGAUUAUGACGAACCUUUUACUGUUCAAGUACCUUGGGUUGCUCAAGUGCCUCCAAACUUUAGCGAUGCUGAUAAUUAUUGGACAAAGUUUUGUCAAUCUGCUCACCAUCAAAAGAGAGACACCCACUAUGAUAUUCAUGAAUUAAAGAUGAUCCACGAAGGAGACGUAUUUGCGCUUAAUUCUGAAGGCAAUCUUAACGCUGUAGGCGCUUCCAAGGGCCCAUAUAUUGAAUUUAUACAGCUGGAGGGUGACCUUGACAAAGUUGGCGUUGUAGAUAUCCAAAGUUUCUCUAUUGCUUCUGAAGACAAGGAACAAUUCGUAAACGAUGUCAUUUCUGGUCUACAAGAUUUUGAAAAGAAGGGGAUCGAGAAGAUCAUUCUUGAUCUUUCGUCCAACGGUGGUGGCGAUGCAUGUGCAGGAGAAUUCCUUAUUAGUACCCUCUUCAACUCCACCCCUGAUUAUAUGUCUGAUGUAAAGUACUCACCUUUCCUCGAACGAGUUGUCAAGAAAGCUUACGAACAAGAAUCCACAAAAUGGAUCGAUUACAGAUCAAAGGGCUAUAGUGGUAGUUCAUGGCUUACAACUACUAAAGAGUACAAGAGAGGAAAAGACACAGUCAAAUUCUCACAGCCGAUUACCCUGAGCUGUGAAAGUUGGAACGACAGCCUGAACAACAAGUACACAAACACAAAAUGGAAGCCCUCGGAUGUCUUGAUCCUUUCCGAUGGCCGUUGCGGCUCUACCUGUGCUAUUGUGGCAUCUCGUCUUCGUCUUUCCCAUAAAGUUCCUGCUAUGGGUCUGGGUGGAAUUCGAGGUAAUCGUAUGCAGUUUGCUUCCUUCCCAGGUGGUGAAAGCGAUCGUCUGUCUAGUUUCUUGAUGGAUCUCGAAAUUCUUGGCCUUAGUGAAGAUUCUAGCGCCCCUACACCUUUCCCUGAACGCGCAGAUAUGGGUUGGACAUUUAGAGAAGUCUAUAGACCAACCUCAGAAUUUACUGGAGACGAAACUGAUCUGCUUGAAUACAGCGUUAACAAUGCUGACUGUCGUAUGCACUUUAAUGAUGAAAAUGCUGAUGAUGUCAAAAAGUUAUGGUCAGAUGUAGCCAAAGUUGUUUUGGCUGGACAGUGUCCCCUUGUUGAACAAUAAAUUCUCCUUUUCUUCUUAAAACUUGUUUGUGUGUCAAAUAAGGCUGAGCCUAAAAAUAAUAUGUACAGAAAUAAAAACCCCCUUCUUUAUUUAUUCUUCCAG